GCCUCUUCUUUAUUCUUCCCUGUCCCUUUGCCGCUCAUUCGCUCGUCAGUGGCCUGUCCGUCCAUUUACUUUACUUUCUCUGAUUCCUCCCCUGCACCAUCAUGCGCGUCCGUUCGUCAACAUCUCAAAUGUCUGCCGACUCGUCACCAUAUGAGGCAAAUCGAUCGGCACUACUAGGCACGGGCCUUGCGUCAAUCUAGUUACUCUUCACUCGUCGGCACUUGACAGCGCUCUCUUUCAUCCACCUCGGAACAGCCAUGAACGACGAUCAGCGCAUUGCGGCCUGUCGGACAAGCGUCUCACAGAUCUACCAUAUGCUCAACCACGCGCCGCAGACUUGGCGAAACUACGUCGAUCUGGCGCGCUCGGUGAUUGUCCACGUCGAUGCCACUACCUACAUGCAACGGCCUUCCGACGUCUCCGAACAAGCGUGGAUGAUCGGAGGCCUGCAGCAGCUAGCAUUCUUGGACUCUGACCGUAACCUCGUUGACGACAUAGCCGCGUGGUGCUCACGACAGUGGUUGGCGCUUCUAGAGAGAGACCGACACAACGUCGCGGCGUUACGAGGCAUCGGGCAGUCGUGGCUGGUGCGCGCACAGCCUGUUCUCUCCCGCAUCCACCAUCUCGAAGGCAGCUCGUCGUCCAGUGGUGACUCUUCAUCAAGGUCCGCAGGAUCGGGGUCGGGAUCUGCAUUGAAUCAGAACACCGCGGACGAAGUGACGACCAACGCGACGGCGGACGAGGCUGAGCGUAGAAUCAACACGCAAGAGUAUGUGGAGGCUCGACAAUACUUGCAGCCGGCGACGGAGUAUCUGAAUCGAGCGGUCGCAGCGGCUACCACGCAGGAAGCACUGUCUGGUGAUCUUUUGGCUACGGUGAGUACCGCAGAAGCCUUCAUGUCUCUUGGCAACGUCAGUAGCCCACGGAACAAUGAACGGCACUUCCACCGGGCUUUGCGACUGCUUCGUGCCGCCGCUGCGACACCCGACUACUCUCUGAACAGGUAUCUUCAACAAUACCUGGACGACUACGGUCGUCUCCUCGACUGAGCACUUCAUAUUGUGACACCAUUGGCAUAGCGGGUACGACGGCGGGCAUUGGGACAAGACGCACAAGCAUGGGACGACAAACAAGCAUCUGGGCAAGGUUUCGCAUUUGGGAGCGGGAAGAGUCGGGUUUCAACACAACAUCAGCGGUCUGUGACGAUUCUGUCAUGGAAAGUCGGCGUGCGGGACACGUCGCUGCGUUAGAGGGCCAAAAUGGUUGAUCGACAUCCGCCACGGGACAGCAAUUGUCUCGUCGGCAACGAGGGAAUUGGCGAAGUGCGGUUUGGGUUUCGUUGCGGAUUAUUAAGGAAUUGCUUUCGCAUCAG